AUGGCCCUGCUGAUCUUGCUGCUGCUGGGCCUCCUGGGGCUCUGGGGGCUGCUCCAAGCCUGGGCCCGAGACCCCUCCCCAGCCCCACGGUGGCCCCCGGGGCCUCGCCCGCUGCCGCUCAUUGGGAACCUGCAUUUGCUGCGUCUGUCGCAACAGGACCGGUCCCUGAUGGAGCUCUCGGCACGCUACGGGCCGGUGUUCACCGUGCACCUGGGGCGCCAGAAGACGGUGGUACUGACGGGGUUUGAGGCAGUCAAGGUGGCGCUGAUGGGCCCGGGGCAGGAGCUGGCCGACCGGCCUCCCAUCGCCAUCUUCCAGCUCAUCCAGCAAGGUGGAGGCAUCUUCUUCUCGUCUGGGGCACACUGGAGGGCUGCCCGCCACUUCACUGUGCGUGCUCUGCACAGCCUGGGCGUGGGCCGGGAGCUGAUGGCCGACAAGAUUCUGCAGGAGCUGAAAUGCCUCUCAGAGCAGCUGGAUGGCUACGAAGGCCGGCCCUUCCCGCUGGCCCUGCUGGGCUGGGCUCCCUCCAACAUCAUCUUCACGCUCCUCUUUGGCUGCCGGUUCGACUACCGGGACCCCGUGUUCGUGUCCCUCCUGGGUCUCAUCGAUGAAGUCAUGGUCCUCUUGGGGUCCCCUGGCCUGCAGUUCUUCAACAUCUACCCCUGCCUUGGGGCCCUGCUCCAGCUGCACCGGCCCGUCCUACGCAAGAUAGAGGAGGUCCAAGCCAUUCUGAGGACCCUCCUGGAGGCACGGCGGCCCCAUGUGCGCCGGGGGGACCCUGUGCGCAGCUAUGUGGAUGCCCUGAUCCAGCAGGGACAGGGGGAUGACCCCGAGGGCCUGUUUGCUGAGCCCAAUGCGGUGGCCUGCAUCCUGGACAUGGUCAUGGCUGGGACGGAGACGACCUCCGCCACGCUGCAGUGGGCUGCACUUCUGAUGGGCCGGCACCUGGAUGUGCAGGGCCGGGUGCAGGAGGAGCUGGACCGUGUGCUGGGCCCUGGGCGGCCUCCCCGGCCGGAGGACCAGCAGGAGCUGCCCUACACCAGCGCCGUGCUCCACGAGGUCCAGCGCUUCAUCACGCUCCUCCCGCACGUGCCCCGCUGCACUGCUGCUGACACGAAGCUGGGUGGCUUCCUGCUUCCCAAGGGCACACCCGUGAUUCCCCUGCUGACCUCAGUGCUCCUGGAUGAGACACAGUGGCAGACCCCGGACCAGUUUAACCCGGGCCACUUCCUGGAUGCGGACGGGCACUUUGUGAAGCAGGAGGCCUUCCUGCCGUUCUCUGCAGGCCGCCGUGUCUGUGUCGGGGAGCGCCUGGCCAGGACCGAGCUCUUCCUGCUGUUUGCUGGCCUCCUGCAGAGGUACCGCCUGCUGCCACCGCCGGGAGUCAGCCCGGCCUCCCUGGACACCACGCCUGCCCGGGCUUUUACCAUGCGGCCGCAGGCCCAGGCCCUGUGUGUGGUGUCCAGGCCCUAA